CCAACAGAGGACGACCCGCUCUUUGUCAACGCAAAGCAGUAUCAUCGCAUCCUCAAGCGUCGGCAAGCGCGUGCGAAGCUCGAAGAAAGUAUCAAGGCGCUCAAGGCUAAGCCAUACUUGCAUGAGUCACGACAUAAACACGCCAUGCGCAGGCCGAGAGGCGCAAGUGGUCGGUUCUUAACGGCCUCGGAAAUCGCGGCGCUCAAGGAGCAAGAAGAUCAAAGUGCA